GAAGAUUCCAGAUGGUUCUGGAAGCUCAGGUCAGGAUUUCUCGAACGCUCGGUGAGGGUACUAAAGCCUGUGUCCGCACUAGAUAGCUCACCAGCCGGGUAGUCUGCGACUUAGAGGCGACCUCCACACAGCUGACACCGAAGUGUUCGAUACAGCGAAGACCCAAGCUCAUCUCGCCCACAUUCGCCUUUGCGUUCCUCAAAACUGUGAAGACAGACAGCAGCCACAUGAUGCCUGAAUUACACGACCAACCAAUGGAGGAGGAGGCUGAGACCUUUGCAUUCCAGGCUGAGAUCGCUCAGCUUAUGUCCCUUAUCAUCAACACCUUCUAUUCCAAUAAAGAGAUCUUCCUUAGAGAGCUUAUCUCCAACUCUUCAGAUGCUCUAGAUAAAAUCCGCUAUGAGAGUCUCACUGACCCUUCCAAGCUGGACAGUGGCAAGGACCUUAAAAUUGAAGUCAUUCCCAACAAAGAGGAACGCACCCUGACCCUGAUCGACACAGGUAUCGGCAUGACCAAGGCUGACCUAAUCAACAAUCUGGGCACAAUCGCCAAGUCUGGCACCAAAGCUUUCAUGGAGGCUCUGCAGGCUGGAGCUGACAUCUCCAUGAUUGGUCAGUUUGGUGUGGGUUUCUACUCUGCCUACCUGGUGGCUGAGAAGGUUACGGUUAUAACUAAACACAAUGAUGACGAGCAGUAUGCCUGGGAAUCCUCUGCUGGUGGCUCAUUCACGGUUAAAGUGGACAACUCUGAACCCAUGGGACGUGGCACCAGGGUGAUCCUACACUUAAAAGAAGACCAGAUAGAAUACAUUGAGGAGCGAAGAAUCAAAGAGAUUGUGAAAAAGCACUCACAGUUUAUCGGCUAUCCCAUCACACUCUUUGUGGAGAAAGAGCGUGACAAGGAGGUGAGUGACGACGAAGCGGAGGAGGAGGAGGAGAAGGAGAAAGACAAGGAUGAAGACGAGGAGAAGGACGAGGACAAGCCCGAGAUUGAGGACGUCGGGUCAGAUGAGGAGCACGACCACGACCACGACCACGACCACAAGUCUGGUGACAAAAAGAAGAAGAAGAAGAAGAUCAAGGAGAAGUACAUUGACCAGGAAGAACUGAACAAGACCAAACCCCUGUGGACCCGGAACCCAGAUGACAUCACCAAUGAGGAGUACGGAGAGUUUUACAAGAGUCUAACCAAUGACUGGGAAGACCACCUGGCUGUUAAGCACUUUUCAGUAGAGGGUCAGCUUGAAUUCCGUGCCCUGCUCUUUGUGCCUCGUCGCGCUCCCUUCGACCUCUUUGAGAACAAGAAGAAGAAGAACAACAUCAAGCUGUACGUGCGCAGGGUCUUCAUCAUGGACAACUGCGAUGAGCUCAUCCCUGAGUAUCUCAAUUUCAUCAAGGGUGUGGUGGACUCUGAGGAUCUGCCCCUGAACAUCUCCAGAGAGAUGCUGCAGCAGAGCAAGAUCCUGAAGGUCAUCCGCAAGAACCUGGUCAAGAAGUGUCUGGAACUCUUCACCGAACUCGCCGAGGACAAGGACAACUACAAAAAGUGCUACGAGCAGUUCUCCAAGAACGUCAAGCUCGGUAUUCAUGAGGAUUCUCAAAACAGAAAGAAACUAUCUGAGCUGCUGCGAUAUUACACCUCAGCUUCUGGAGACGAGAUGGUGUCCUUGAAGGACUAUGUUACGCGUAUGAAAGACAGCCAAAAACACAUCUACUACAUCACUGGUGAGACCAAAGAUCAGGUGGCUAACUCUGCCUUUGUGGAGCGCCUUCGCAAAGCCGGCCUCGAGGUCAUUUACAUGAUCGAGCCCAUCGACGAGUACUGUGUCCAACAGCUGAAGGAGUUUGAAGGCAAGAACCUGGUUUCAGUGACAAAGGAAGGCCUGGAGCUGCCUGAGGAUGAGGAAGACAAGAAGAAGCAGGAGGAGAAGAAGGCUCAGUUUGAAAAUCUGUGCAAGAUUAUGAAGGACAUCUUGGAGAAGAAGGUGGAGAAGGUCACAGUCUCCAACCGUCUAGUCUCAUCCCCAUGCUGCAUUGUCACUAGUACUUAUGGCUGGACAGCCAACAUGGAGAGGAUCAUGAAGGCCCAGGCUCUAAGAGACAACUCCACCAUGGGUUACAUGGCAGCUAAAAAGCACCUUGAGAUCAACCCUGACCACCCAAUCGUGGAGACCCUGAGGCAAAAGGCAGAGGCUGAUAAGAAUGACAAGUCUGUGAAGGACCUGGUGAUUCUCCUGUUUGAGACUGCCCUGCUGUCUUCAGGAUUUACCUUGGAUGACCCCCAGACCCACUCCAAUCGCAUCUAUAGAAUGAUCAAGCUUGGUCUUGGUAUUGAUGAAGAUGAUCUGACACCAGAUGAUGUCACCUCUGCACCCACUGAGGAGAUGCCCCCUCUGGAAGGGGACGAUGAUGAUGCUUCCAGGAUGGAGGAAGUGGAUUAGGCCUGUGUCUUUAACCUGCUGAAGUUCAGAAAUAGUGUACAAUUUAAAGAUUAAUGUUGUAAAUGAGACUGGCGUGUCCUUCCCCCAUCCCCCAAACCCCCCUUUUUGAAGUUCAUUUUAUUUCCCUCCCCUUGAACUGACCACAUGCAGUUCUGAUUCAUUCCUUUUUAGAACUUUAUUUUUGAAGUUGUCACUUUUUGUAUCCUGAGUUUUAUUAAUGUAUUUGUUUUUGUAUUUUUUUGACAUUCUGAUGUUCUUUGAGUGUUCUUACUUUAACUGUAAAUAUAUCAAUUGAUACUGUAUUUGAACGGGUGGGACACAAAUAAAGAUUUACCAUGUUAACAAGUCA